UAUAUGAAAAUAAAUAUAACAUGAGUUCUCACAACUUGGCAAAUGUAGAAGAAAAAGCUGCCACGGCAUGUUUUGAUGAACUGCCAUAUUUGCCCGAAAAGUAUCCGGGUAAAGUGUGUUGCCUAUGCAAUCUUGGGGAGAGAAGUGCGCUGGGUCAAGGAGUCAUGUUUCAACUUAAAGUGCCUUCGGAUUUCAAAGAUAGAAAUUCAGUUUAUCAAUCUAAUGACUCGGAUAAAGACCUGGAUAUGAAUCGGAAACUGAAGUGUUUUAAGAAUAAACCAAUUGCCAGUGCUGAAAGUCCAUAUGAAUUGGAUAAGAUUGGAUUCGCAGAUAUUUUAAAUGCUUCGGUAUUUCUCGACGAUGACUUUGUUUACGUACAUCGCAUGUGUAUUAUGUGGUCUUUGCGAAAAUUGCAAGUUACGGAUCCGGAUAUUUUCCAGUUUUUAAGCCACUUAUCAGAGUUUCUGGAGCAGAAGUGUAGUUUCUGUGGACAGUAUGGAGCAUCAAUUACGUGCAAAAUGAAUUGCCGCCAAAUUCAUCAUUGGCCGUGUGCCACAGCAGCCGGUUGUUUACUUAUUCUAGAGAGCUUCACUGUGUUCUGUACAGAGCAUUUAAGCCAAGUUCCAUUGAUUUGCAAUGAUAAUAAUGUAGAAUGUUUGACGUGUUCUUCAUUGGGCGAUCUAUCUAAAAUGGUAAUGUGCUGCUCAUGUGGAGAUCAUUAUCAUUCCACUUGCAUUGGACUGGCAAAUCUGCCUGAUACUCGAGCUGGUUGGAGCUGUGCACGAUGUACAAAAUGUCAGAUUUGUAGGCAACAGGAUUCCAAUGACAUUAAGUAUGUUAAAUGUGAGCAAUGUCAGAAGAUGUAUCAUGCGACCUGCUUACGCCCGAUAAUUUCCUCGAUUCCCAAAUAUGGUUGGAAAUGUAAUCGGUGUCGUGUUUGCACAGAUUGUGGAUCCAGGACACCCGGCGGAGGCAGUUCGUCCCGCUGGCAUAGUCACUAUACGAUCUGUGACUCCUGUUAUCAACAGAGGAACAAAGGAUUUUCUUGCCCAAUCUGCCAAAAAGCGUAUCGAGCGGCUGCGUAUAAAGAAAUGGUCAAAUGUAGUUGGUGUCAUAAAUUUGUUCAUAGCACUUGUGAUGAGGAAGCUGAUUUGGCUGCAUAUCACAAGAAGAAAGAGUUGAAUCCUGACUAUGAUUAUGUCUGUCCAAAUUGUAAAACAAACUCAAGCGCAUCACAACUGAAAAUAUCGGAACCACUUGAGAGAUCUAUUGAAUCGCAGUCCUCAGAUCACUUUAGUAUUAAGGAAGGCGAUACAGAUCCAUUAGAGGGCAAACCAUGUGUGGAGAUCAACAGUGAAGAUCCCCUCAAGUUGCCAAGCACAAAGAAGAAAGUUUGCUUAAGCAAUAUUCGAGGCAAGGGUGGAAAGUUUGUUCUACAGCGCAUGGGAUCCAUGUCGCAAAUAGGCAAAAAGCGCAGCAAUCGUGGAAAAGGACGACAGCUUGUUUUGCAAAGCGGAUCAAGUGAUCGUUACAUCAGUCGCAAUUUGGAUACAGACUUUUCCAGCGAUAAGAAAAUGUUGCUUUGUUCGGCUCGAGAUAAAUUCGUGCUUACAACAGACAUUUGCGUGAUGUGUGGCUCUGUGGGCAGUGAAAGUGAUGCCGUCUUGAUAACGUGUGCCCAAUGUGGACAGUGCUAUCAUCCGUAUUGCGCCAAUGUCAAACCCUCAAGAGGAAUCCUGCAGAAGGGUUGGCGCUGUCUGGACUGUACUGUAUGCGAAGGAUGCGGCAAAAAGAAUGACGAAGCUCGUUUGCUCUUGUGCGAUGAAUGUGAUAUAUCCUAUCAUAUUUACUGUGUAAACCCACCGCUUGAAGCGGUGCCUCAUGGCAAUUGGAAGUGCUCUUUUUGCACCCUAUGUCAAAAAUGUGGUCGCAAUCCGACGGAAAAGGGCGACUACAAUGAUCCCAAUCUGCCAGAGUGUCCUCCCUGUGCUAGUCAAAAUAAUUGCACAGUAUGCACUAAAGUCUACAGCGAAGCCGAGAUGAUAAUCCAGUGUGAGCAGUGUAAUCACUGGUCCCAUUUCCACUGCGACUCAAUAAACACUCAGUACACAAUCGAAUACUACGACAAUAAUAUAUACAAGUGCUUCAAGUGUCGAUCCACUGGAAAAGCCCAAUUGCAAUCCCAAUUAAACACAACAGUUUUCCAUGAAAACUCGAUGAACAGCUCGAAACUGUUGUCAGAGAUUAGUCAAGAGGCGAAAAACAUGAAUGUAACUGAUCGUAAUAUAAUAUUGACAAAUGAUUUAUUGGAGAGCACGGAGGCAAUUCACUGGAUAGACGGUGUAUGUUUGAGUGAGAAUGGCCUGAACAUGAUCAAAUCACUUUCCACUGAAAUAAAACGUAAGAGGAAAAUGCGACAACCGAUGGCAAAUUCAAAUAAAGAUGGGCAACUCGAUGCAACGGCGUCAGAUGAUCUUCCCAGUGAUAAAUACAAGGACGGCAUGAUAUGGGACAGGGGGGAAAGUGCACUCCCCGAAGGAUUUUCCAUAUCCACCAACGACGAUGGUGUUCAUGUGUUGCGCAAGAAACGCCAACGCAAUUUGCAAAAGCUGGGAAUCGGUGGAUUUUCAGUUCGAAAUCGAGGACUAAGAAAAGAUAACGAGGAUACUGUUGAUCAACUCAAUGCAGUCUUAGUUGUCGACAAGAAGAAGAAAAUCAUACGGAAAAAGCAAAAGAACAAGCUAAUUGAAGCCUAUCCGGCAUAUUUGCAGGAAGCCUUCUUUGGAAAACCUCUCUUGGAGUCGGGAGAUGUUGUGGUAUACGAUUCGGAAUCUUCUGAUGAAAUCGAUACGACAAUGAAAAUUUUUUUCACCAACUCGAAUAUUAAAAAAUCUGACGAGGAUGCCAACUUGGCCAUCAAGAGUCCUGUAAAAUCUCUGAAAAAAACGAAAGCUGAAAAGCCAUUGCCUUUACCUGAAAACAAAAACAUCCUUGGGGAUCAGUUUUCCAUAGCAACACAACAACAUCCGAGCGAGGAGUUGGUGUCCGAUGCAGGUCUUUUUGAUACAUCGAUGUCAGAGAUUGCAAGGAAUGCGGGUGCAAAUAAUGUACACCCCUUGGAUCCCUUGGCUUCCCAGGGAAUCGCCGGCUUAGAUGGCACAAACCCCAAUGUCAAUUUUAUUCCAUCGUCUGAUAACUUAAAGAAUGCGUUAAGUGAGCCGACAGUCUUUGUAGAGAAUUAUGCUGUGUCGCCACAGUUAACGCAGGAUCAAAAGUUCCACAGUAAACUGUAUUUGCCGGCGAAUGCAAAUGUAACUGCCAAAUCGUCGCCAAUACAUUAUCAGGCAAAAGUGCAAAAUAAAUAUAUUGACGAGAAGAGAGUUGUCGAAGAGCCAAAACCAAUUGAACCGCAAAUGGAAGGCAUCAAUGUUGGCACCCAAAAGACGGCCGAGAAGAUGCGCAAAGAUGAGGAUCUUGGUUUAAUGGCAACUAUUUCGGCUGUCCUGUAUGCGAAUACUGAGCAUGCAAAUCUAAAGGAGCAAUAUCCCAACUGGAAUGAUCGCUGUAAACAGAUCCUAAAGAGAUGGCGAUCAUUAUGCAACGAGAAAAAGGCACCAUUCUUACAAAAGGCCAAGGAUAAUCGAUCAGCAUUGCGACAGAGGCGGGAACAGUGCAAAAUCAGUCAGCCGGUCAAGGUAGAGAAACCAGAAAAUCCCGACAAAGGAUUCGUUGUAAAGCCAAAAGAAGUCUUCUUUGGCAAUUUUAAUGGACUUUCAUACGAUUCAACGUGCUAUAUUGGACCAUCGGUUCACACUCCAAAUUCGCAUCCAACGACACCCAUUCUCAAUGAAAAUCUAGUUGUUAAAUCUACAAUCCCAAGGACGCCAAUGCACGUUACAGGUCCUCCGUCCUCAUUGAAAAUUGCUUCGGUUGAACAGCGGAUGGAGCACAAUCCAUCGUAUGGACCUGAAUCAGUGCCAGUGGGCGAUAAAAAGCUGAGGAAUUUAUUGCAAAAGACUAAUUCUGAAGCCAUGAUAAUGUCAUCAAAUUCCGAAUAUUUUAUGCCAAACGAUGUUCUAAGACUUGGACUCUUACAAAAUGCUCCCAUAACUCAAAACAAUCCAAUGUUGAGCAUGAGUGGAAAUCCCCAGCAUACGGAAAUAAGAAGUCUUGAUCAAGAUGCCAAGAAUCCACUUGACAUUAAAAUGUCCGAUCCCCAGGAGGGUAUUUCAUCAUCUGCUGUUGAGUUGGAAAAUGUCGGCUUUGGAGAUAUAUUAGGUGGAUUCGGUGAAGGAGAUGACGACGAUCUAUUAAAAUCAUUAACAUCCGAAAUUGGAGAUGAUUUUAACAUACUGGAAUAUGCGGAUCCAGAACUUGACGUCAAUGUGCUCAACACAUUGGAUUUCGAAGAUAACGAAAAGAACUCUGCCUAAGGAUAAUGAAUAUAAAUACCUGUAGACCCUGUACUUAAAAAGUUCAAAGGAAUUUCUAUAAGACACUUUAAAAGCUAGAGUCUUUAAUUUAUAUUACGGGAUAAUUGUUUGAUUGUGUAUGUGUUUUUUACAGAAUAAGUACAGGGUCUCUCACAGUCGGGUUCUCUCGACUGUAGCCUUUCCUAAUAGUUUUCCGUUAAUGUUGUACUACAGAAUGUAAGCAUUUGAAUGAAAUACUAUAAUUUUACAUUGUUUGUGUGUGACGCAUUGAAAAAAGCAUCAUUUGACUUAAUAAAAUCACGUAAAUUUUUUAUAUCUA